AGAGAGUAGACAGUGCAGGGAGCCAGACACCACAGACAGCAGUACUGUGUAGCCACACGGGGAGGCCUGCUGCUGCUGAUGCUGUCUAUAGUCAGUAGGGGGAGCCAGUGCUAGCUAACAGCACGCAGCCUCAGGCUCCGGAGGGAGGGGGCGCCUGGGAGCCACGCUGCUACUGCUGAGUGUUGUCAGUGUAGAGGAGGAGGAAGGAAGCCAGCCAUGGAUAGCGAUGAUGAGAACGUGGAGGAGACGGUGGAAGGUGUUCUGGAUGAUGAUGGUUUACCACAUGGUUUCUGCACAGUCAGCUACAGCUCCACAGACCGCUUUGAGGGACAUUUUGUUCAUGGUGAGAAGAAUGGACGUGGGAAAUUUCUCUUCUUUGAUGGAAGUUCUUUGGAAGGCUUUUAUGUAGAUGAUGCCUUACAGGGGCAAGGUGUGUACACCUAUGAAGAUGGGGGUGCCCUGCAUGGAACAUAUGUGGAUGGAGAGCUGAACGGACCAGCGCAGGAGUUUGACACGGAUGGACGGUUGAUAUUUAAAGGUCAAUAUAAAGACAACAUUCGACAUGGAGUCUCCUGGAUUUACUAUCCAGAUGGAGGCAGCCUUGUGGGAGGAGUGAAUGAAGAUGGGGAAAUGACUGGGGAUAAGAUUGCUUAUGUGUACCCAGAUGGAACCACGGCACUUUAUGGGAAGUUUAUUGAUGGAGAAAUGCUGGAAGGAAAACUGGCCACACUCACAUCUGUGGAGGAAGGAAAGCCAUACUUUGAGAUGGUCCCUGGCAGUAAAGUUUAUACAUGUGAUAGAUCAACUUCAUUCUGUAUUUCUACAAGUCCGCUGCUUCCUGACCCCUAUGAGGCAGAAAAAGUUUAUGUAGCAGUUUCUUUGAUUUCCAAUGCUGGAGAAGGUCUCUAUGCUAAAACAGUUGCUGGCCCUCAUACCGUGAUGUCCUUUUAUAAUGGAGUUCGGAUUACACAUCAAGAGGUUGACAGUAGAGACUGGUCUUUGAAUGGCAACACUAUUUCUUUAGAUGAUGAAACUGUAAUCGAUGUACCAGAGCCUUACAAUAUGACUAACAAAUAUUGUGCAUCACUGGGACACAAGGCCAACCACGCUUUCACCCCGAAUUGCAUCUAUGACACGUUUGUCCAUCCGCGGUUUGGCCCUAUCAAAUGCAUCCGAACCAUUGCAGCUGUGGAGCAGGAUGAGGAACUUACUGUGGCCUACGGUUACGACCACAAUUCUACAGGAAAAAAUAGCCCAGAAGCACCAGGGUGGUACCUGAAGCAGCUGAAGGCAUUUCAGCUGUCACAGCAGAAGUGAACGCUCUCGCCUUUCUCCUGUGCUUUGGGUAACUGGAUCUAUGCAUUGCUUUUCUGCUGAAGAUUUUUAGAGACUACUUAAAAUUACAGCAGAUCUAACUCCAUAUUCACAUAUAUUUAGCUGUUAGUUUGCACUUGUACUCAUGUUAAACAUUAGUGGUGUGGCAUUAUCUUGCCUUUAAAAAAAAAAAAAAAAAAAAAAGAUAAAGCUUUUUAACCACUAGGAAAGUAUCACGGUCAUGAGUUUACGUUUUCUGGGGGAUUUUUGCAAGAAAAAAGUCACAGUGGAAUUUCUCCUUUUGAGCGGUAUACAUAUUAGAACUGGAAUAUACAAACCUUUUUGUGUAUUUGACUUUCUGAUGGUUACAAGGUAACUGCAUUUUAUUAUUGCUCAAUAUAGUAUACCUUUUUCUGCCAUUGACGUUACAGUUGUGACUACCUAAUUCAGACUAUUUUUCUUCCCUAUAUAUUUCAGUACAGUCUAUUCAAGACAGUAGUAUGGAGAGGAUUUUUUUUAUCCAACACUGGGAAAUUAUUUGAAAACAAUAAAAAUAAUAUUUGAACGCUAUUUUCCUGACACAUUUUAUAUCUUCUGCAGUUGAAGGAAGUGUUAUGCGUGCCUGAUCCUUACAGGAUGAACCACUGUGCUCAUCUUCUGUUACUACUACAUGUGAUGAUAUGAGAGGCGGGGAUGGAUAACAUGUACUGUAUGUGUCUGAUUCACUUUAAGAUAGACCAUUUGUGAUUUAUUGUAACAUAUAUAAUGCAUAUUGAGAAUACACAAUAUCCAGUGUCCUCCUUAUAAGCAAGAUUCACAACAUGUGUUGCCAUUAGCUUAGUGUGUGUGUGUGUGUGUGUGUGUGUGUGUGUGUGUGUAUGUGUGUGUGUGUGUGUAUUUAUGUAUGUGUGUGUAUAUAUAUGUGUAUAUACUGUACAAUGGUGAAAACCAAACCAUUGGUUAAGAUUACAUAGAAUUGGAGACUGGCAAAUACAGUAAGCUAUUGGUGCACACUGUGCAGUGCACAGUCAAUGUGGCAACCAUCUAAUUGCAGUGCGCUUAUCGCUGACACACGUCAUGGAGAACAUGCAGCGUUCUCUGUAUGCAGUUCAGCCUUUCAUGCUUGGCAAACCAUUCAUUUUUAUUACUCCGUUGUUAAAUGGGAACUAACAGUAGUGGCAUAAUAGUGAUUCUUGCUUUUUGUUCAGUGGAGCUGCAUUUAUUGCUAACUUACAGUAAUGGACUACAAUUGUCUGGUAAUAUACAGAUGUGUUCUCAUACACCUAUCUUUUUUGCGCCAUAUGGCAUGAGAUACCUGGUGCAACCCACAGGUAGCAAUUCUCUUGUGGUAUACCUUUCCUUAAUUUUACUACUUUUCCAACACUUUUGGAAAAGUCUAGGAGCUAAUUCAGAUGAUGUCAGCGAUAGCUCUAAUGUGGUAAUGCAGCAGGAGGCGUUACGCCUCCUGCAUGCAUUACUGAUCCGAACGGCGUCCUAGGACGCAGUAUCGGAUCUUCACUGGCACCAUCAGUCGACUUCAUAACUCAUGGUGUCGAGCACGCUGGCUGCCGCAAGUCCUACCUACAUCCUCUAACAGAUCCUGUCCUCGUCCCUCCCCUGUAACUGCGGCAGCAGUCCUCUAUCUGGAGAAAGGGAGGCCGUAGCUGACAGUCUGAUGCCAUAGUGCGACCGAUGUUACAGACCCAUACUGCACAUGCACAAAGGAAUUAUUAGAAAGAUGCAGAUAAGGCAUAAUGAUGCAAGGUGCAGGUGACUCAUUAUGUCCCUGUCUUUUACCCUUUUAUCCUACUGUAGAUUGUGUACUUUUUCUUUUGUUUUGCGUCUUAGUUUAUUUAUAGUGUACUAGGUACUUAGGUUUAGUGUUUUGGCGUGGCUAAGUCGUAAAGUCCGUGGAACACUCAUUGGCGCAAUGUGAGGAUAGGUGUUUGUGUGGACAAAUCUGUAGCUUAAUGAGACAUAAGUUAUUCGCAAGUGCAUCAAGGAAGCGAGUUCACAAGCCAAAGGGCUACAUAACAAGCUCAAAGACUUACCUUAACAGGAUAACCGGAUAAAUCAUUAUGUAUGACAACAUGUACAACUUUAGGAUUUUAGAUAGAAACAGGAUUGAUAUUUACUGAUCCUCUGAUGUCACAUUGGGGCAGAUGUAUCAUUAGUUGCUUAAAGUUCAUUAUUGCCGUUUUGGCACGUCACUGUUUUUUUGCGGUGAAGUGCCUCCCCACAUCACUCGUAUGUAUGAUCCCAGGGCCUGGCGUCAUAGCGAUGCGCUGUGUCUGCCCUCCGGUGAUGUGCAGUCCUGCUUCCUAAUGCUGUUCAUUCAGGCCCUGCGCAUGCGCACUAAUAAUCUUGCUAACUGUCCCCGCGCCUGUCACCCUGCGCAUGCGCGAUUCACCUAUAAGGACUCUGGUCCAGAGGUGAGCGUGGUAGAAUGCAUGCGCCAUCUUCCCAGCUCCCAGCGAACUGUGCAAUGUGUCCCGGCGCAUGCGCGGAGAAGCCCUAAGGACACUGUGGGCCGUCAAUAAAGUUUUUUAUAAUUUUUUUUUUUAAAACACAACAAAGGACUACAGUGUUGUACAGGCCCGGGCAGGCGAAGUGACAGGAGGGGAGGAUCGUGAGGUUAAUACAUUAGGUAUGGUUCGCCUUCCAAUACACACAGCGCGCAUACGUUAUUGCUCUAUUUGCUGUGUGCAUUUGUAAAAUCCCCGCUGAGAGCCGCUUCAUACACUGCUGUGAAGCGGGGAAUGCAGGACUUAGCAUACGCUAUGUGCUCAAAGUCACAUAGUGACGCUUCAUACAUCUGCCACAUUGUGAUAUAAAUGAAAUAUGCUUAUUUCUGGUGUGAGCCAGAUUGUUUUGUUUGUUGUAGCAGUGCAUCUUCUCUCUGCAGGAAGAGAACUGUUUUCAUUUCUUAGAAUUAUUUAAGUUUUUCUCUAACGUCCUAGUGGAUGCUGGGGACUCCGUAAGGACCAUGGGGAUAGACGGGCUCCGCAGGAGACAUGGGCACUUUAAGAAAGAAUUUAGAUUCUGGUGUGCUCUGGCUCCUCCCUCUAUGUCCCUCCUCCAGACCUCAGUUUGAGACUGUGCCCGGACAAGCUGGGUGCUGUUCAGUGAGCUCUCCUGAGCUUGCUGUGAGAAAGUAUUUUGUUAGGUUUUUUAUUUUCAGGGAGCUCUGCUGGCAACAGACUCCCUGCAUCGUGGGACAGAGGGGAGAGAAGCAGCCCUACUCUCUGAAGCUAGGUCCUGCUUCUUAGGCUACUGGACACCAUUAGCUCCAGAGGGAUCGUACACAGGAUCUCACCCUCGUCGUCCGAUCCCAGAGCCGCACCGCCGUCCCCCUCGCAGAGCCGGAAGACAGAAGCCGGGUGAGUAUGAGAAGCAAGAAGACUUCGAAAUUGGCGGCAGAAGAUUCCGUUCUUCACUGAGGUAACGCACAGCACUGCAGCUGUGCGCCAUUGCUCCCACACACCUCACAUACUCCGGUCACUGUAAGGGUGCAGGGCGCAGGGGGGGGGCGCCCUGGGCAGCAUAUGGACCUCUUUUGGCAAAAGUACACAUAUAUACAGUUGGGCACUGUAUAUAUGUAUGAGCCCCCGCCAAGAAAAUGUAUAUUUAAGCGGGACAGAAGCCCGCCGUCGAGGGGGCGGGGCUUCUUCCUCAGCACUCACCUGCGCCAUUUUUCUCCACAGCUCCGCUGAGAGGAAGCUCCCCAUGCUCUCCCCUGCUGAUACACGGUAGAAGAGGGUAAAAAGAGAGGGGGGGGGGGCACAUAAUUAGGCGCAAAAAUCAAUAUAAACAGCAGCUACUGGGUUAACAUUAAGUUACUGUGUUAUUCCUGGGUUUAUAGCGCUGGGGUGUGUGCUGGCAUACUCUCUCUCUGUCUCUCCAAAGGGCCUUGUGGGGGAAUUGUCUUCACAUGAGCAUUCCCUGAUUGUGUGGUGUGUCGGUACGUGUGUGUCGACAUGUCUGAGGUAAAAGGCUCCCCUAAGGAGGAGAUGGAGCAAAUGUGUGUGUGAGUGGUGUCUCUGUCGACAACGCCGACACCUGUUUGGAUAUGUGAAAUUAAGUGCUAAGGUAAAUUUAUUGCACAAAAGAUUAGAGAACAGACAGGGAAUCUACCCAUGUCUGUCCCUAUGUCGCAGAGACCUUCAGAGUCUCUCAAUGCUCACUAUCCAAAAUAAUAGACACUGAUAUCGACACGGAGUCUGACUCCAGUGUCGACUACGAUAAUGCAAAGUUACAGCCAAAAUGGCAGGAAAGUAUUCAAUAUAUGAUUAUUGUAAUAAAAAAUGUUUUGCAUAUCACUGAUGACUCAUCUGUCCCUGACACAAGGGUACACAUGUUUUAAGGGGAAGAAAGCUGAGGUAAAUUUCCCUCCUCUCAUGAAGAAAAAGAGCGGGAAUCUCCAGACAAGAGACUGCAGUUUCCCACAAAGAAUUCUCAGGGAGUAUCCUUUCCCUACUAGGGCCAGGAUACGAUGGGAAUCUCCCCCUAGGGUGUCACGUUUGCCCAAAAGGUAGCGCUGACUUAACAGCUAUCCUCAGGGAUCCUGCAGAUAGCAUGCACUAAAAGUACUUUGAAGUCCAUUUACAUGCUGUAGCAGCGUGGACAGAUACCUUAUCAGCAGAGAUUGAGACCAUAGUGUGUGUGUGUGUGUGUGUGUGUAUAUAUAUAUAUAUAUAUAUAUAUAUAUAUAUAUAUAUAUAUAUGAGAGAGAGAGAUAUAUAUAUAUAUAUAGAGAGAGAUAUAUAUAUAUAUAGAGAUAUAUAUAUAGAGAUAUAUAUAGAGAUAUAUAUAUAUAGAUAUAUAUAUAUAUAUAUAGAGAUAUAUAUAUAUAUAGAGAUAUAUAUAUAAAAGAUGCUGUCUUAGAUAUAUAUAUAAAACAUGCCCAAAGAGACAUUAGUCUACUGGGUUCUAGAGUCAACGCUAUGUCGAUUUCUGCUUGACGUGUCCUGUGGAACAUGCAAUGGACAGGUGAUGCCGACUUAAGAGGCAUAUGGAAGGUUUACCUUACAAGGCUGAGGAUUAUGUGGAGAAGGGAUCUCGGACCUGGUCUCCACAGCUAUGGCUGGUAAUUCUGAUCUUUUGCCUUAUAUUCCCGCACAGCCUAGGAAAGCACGACAUUAUCAAAUGCAGUCCUUUCGAUCACAAAGAAACAAGAAAGUCCGAGGUGCGUCCUUUCUUGCCAGAGGCAGGGGCAGAGGAAAGAAGCUGCACAACACAGCUAGUUCCCAGGAAAAGAAGUCCUCCCCGGCCUCUACAAAAUCCACCGCAUAUCGUUGGGGCUGCACAGGUGGAGCUAGGCCCGUUGGGGGCACGCCUUCUAAAUUUCAGCCACAAGUGGGUUCACUCCCUGUUAGAUCCCUGGGCAAUAGAUAUUGUGUCUCAGGGAUACAAGCUGGACUUCGAGGAGUAGCCCCCUCACCGACGGCCCUGCCGGCUUCCCCCCACGAGAGGGAAAUAGUGUUAACUGCAAUUCACAAAUUGUAUCUUCAACAGGUGGUGGUCAAGGUUCCCCUCCUUCAACAAGGAGGGGGUUAUUAUUCGACCAUGUUGUAGUCCUGAAACCGGACGGUUCGGUCAGACCCAUAUUGAAUUUAAAAUCCCUGAACAUAUACCUGAAAAGGUUCAAGUUCAAGAUGGAAUCGCUGAGAGCGGUCGUCGCAAGCCUGGAAGGGGGGAUUUUAUGGUGUCUCUGGACAUAAAGGAUACAUACCUUCAUGUCUCCAUUUAUCCACCUCAUCAGGCGUACCUCAGAUUUGUGGUACAGGAUUGUCAUUACCAAUUUCAGACGUUGCCGUUUGGUAUCUCCACGGCACCGAGAAUAUUUACCACGGUAAUGGCGGAAAUGAUGGUACUCCUGCGGAAGCAAGGGGUCGCAAUUAUCCCAUACUUGGACGAUCUCCUCAUAAAAGCGGGAUCAAGAGAGCAGUUGCUGAUCAGCGUAGCACUUUCUCUGGAAGUGUAACGGCAACACGGCUGGAUUCUAAAUAUUCCAAAGUCGCAGUUGGUUCCUACGGCUCGUCUGCCUUUCCUAGGCAUGAUUCUAGACACAGACCAGAAAAGGGUUUAUAUCCCAAUAGAGAGAGCUCAGGAGCUCAUGACACUGGUCAGAAACCUAUUAAAACCAAAACAGGUGUCCGUGCAUCACUGCACUCGAGUCCUGGGAAGGAUGGUAGCAUCAUACGAGGCCAUUCCCUUCGGCAGGUUCCAUGCGAGGACCUUUCAAUGGGACUUACUGGACAAGUGGUCCGGAUCACAUCUUCAGAUGCAUCGGUUAAUCACCUUAUCCCCCAGGGCCAGAGUGUCUCUCCUGUGGUGGCUGCAGAGUGCUCACCUUCUCGAGGGCCGCAGAUUCGGCAUUCAGGACUGGGUCCUGGUGACCACGGAUGCAAGCCUCCGAGGGUGGGGAGCAGUCGCACAGGGAAGAAAUUUCCAAGGUCUAUGGUCAAGUCAGGAGACUUGCCUUCACAUCAACAUCCUGGAACUAAGGGCCGUAUACAACGCCCUACGUCAAGCGGAGACCCUGCUUCGCGACCAACCGGUUCUGAUUCAGUCAGACACCAUCACCGCAGUGGCUCAUGUAAACCGACAAGGCAGCACAAGGAGCAGGGAAGCGAUGGCGGAAGCCGCCAGAAUUCUUCGCUAGGCGGAAAAUCACGUAAGCGCACUGUCAGCAGUGUUCAUCCCAGGACACGACCUCCACCCAGGAGAGUGGGGACUUCAUCAGGAAGUCUUCGCACAGACUGCAUGUCGGUGGGAACUGCCACGGGUGGACAUGAUGUUAUCCCGCCUCAACAAAAAACUACAGAGGUAUUGCGCCAGGUCAAGAGACCCUCAGGCGAUAGCUGUAGACGCCCUGGUGACACCGUGGGUGUUCCAGUCGGUCUAUGUAUUUCCUCCUCUUCCUCUCAUACCCAAGGUGCUGAAAAUAAUAAGAAAAAGAGGAGUGAGAACGAUACUCAUUGUUCCAGAUUGGCCACGAGGGACUUGGUAUCCACAUCUGCAAGAAAUGCUCACAGAGGAACUGUGGCCUCUUCCUCUAAGACAGGACUGGUUGCAACAGGGGCCCUGUCUGUUCCAAGACUUACCGCGGCUGCGUUUGACGGCAUGGCGGUUGAACGCCGGAUCCUAGCGGAGAAAGGCAUUCCGGAGGAGGUCAUUCCUACGCUGAUAAAGGCUAGGAAGGACGUGACAGCUCAACAUUGUCACCGUAUAUGGCGAAAAUAUGUUGCUUGGUGUGAGGCCAGGAAUGCCCCUACGGAGGAAUUCCAGCUGGGCCGUUUCCUUCACUUCCUACAGUCAGGAGUGAAUUUGGGCCUAAAAUUGGGUUCCAUUAAGGUCCAGAUUUCGGCACUAUCCGUUUUCUUUCAAAAGGAGUUGACUUCUCUACCUGACGUUCAGACGUUUGUAAAGGGAGUGCUGCAUAUUCAGCCCCCUUUUGUGCCUCCAGUGGCACCUUGGGAUCUUAACGUGGUGUUGAGUUUCCUGAAAUCCCACUGAUUUGAACCACUCAAAACGGUGGAGUUGAAAUAUCUCACGUGGAAGGUGGUCAUGCUAUUAGCCUUGGCUUCGGCUAGGCGUGUGUCAGAGUUGGCGACUUUGUCACAUAAAAGCCCCUAUCUGGUUUUCCAUGCGGAUAGAGCAGAAUUGCGGACCCGUCCACAAGUUCUGCUGAAAGUGGUUUCAUCCUUUCAUAUAAACCAACCUAUUGUGGUGCUUGUGGCUACUACUGACUUGGAGGAUUCCGAGUUGCUUGAUGUAGUCAGGGCUUUGAAGGUUUAUGUAGCCAGAACGGCUAGGGUCAGGAAAACAGAGUCUUUGUUUAUCCUGUAUGCUUCCAACAAGCUUGGUGCUCCUGCUUCAAAGCAAACUAUUGCUCGCUGGAUCUGUAACACGAUUCAGCAGGCUCAUUCGGCGGCUGGAUUGCCGCUGCCAAAAUCAGUUAAGGCCCAUUCCACUAGGAAGGUGGGGUCUUCUUGGGGCGGCUGCCCGAGGGGUCUCGGCAUUACAGCUUUGCCGAGCGGCUAAUUGGUCAGGUUCAAACACUUUUGCAAAGUUCUACAAGUUUGAUUCCCUGGCUGAGGAGGACCUUGUGUUUGCUCAAUCGGUGCUGCAGAGUCAUCCGCACUCUCCCGCCCGUUUGGGACCUUUGGUAUAAUCCCCAUGGUCCUUACGGAGUCCCCAGCAUCCACUAGGACGUUAGAGAAAAUAAGAUUUUACUUACCGGUAAAUCUAUUUCUCGUAGUCCGUAGUGGAUGCUGGGCGCCCGUCCCAAGUGCGGACUUCUUCUGCAAUGCUUGUAUAUAGUUAUUGCUUCAAUAAGGGUUAUGUUAUGGUUGCAUCAGGACUACGAGAAAUAGAUUUACCGGUAAGUAAAAUCUUAUUUUUUUUUCUACCAAUUCACUUUGGGCUAAAUAGUUUGUUUUUUUUAAAUUGUUUCAUGCAGUUUGGCAUCUCUCCUUUUUAUAUACAUUUAUGUUUAGCACUGGAAAGGGGAGAGAUGUUUUUUUUCCCAUGAAUGUACUGUUACAUAUACAGCCUCACAAUAUUUCCUGCUGCUAUGAUUUUCAUGUCUGGUUCACACAUUCAGGUUAGAACAUACCAACAGUGGUCUUUUACAAAAGCAUUGUAUUUUCCUGUACCACAAGCCAGCCUGUCACAAAGUUGUAGAUGUACACAGAGACUGUCAUUUAAAAAAAAAUAGUGAUUCUUGUAUCCUGUAUAUUUACUGUUUAUUUUUUUAAUUUAUUUGUAUUUUUAUAUUUUUUACCAGGGCUGUAGCUUCUCUUUCAUAUUGUGUAACCCUAACGUAAGAAACAUUCAAUGUUUUAUUAUUGGUCUAACUGGAACCAUUCUGGAUUCUGAUUUGGGCACAAACUGUAAGGUGAAGGGUGUGUUCCAGGACAGGUAUAAAACUGCAUUUCUCUGAUUUGUGCUUCUCAAAUGUCUCAGUGUAAAAGACAUGUCUUUAUAUUUUCAUCUGUGAAAGCACAGGAGUGCGGUAUUUAUAUAGGUCUUACCAAAUCUAACUCUCUCUGCACAUCUUAUAUCUGCCCCCACCCCUGCAGUGCACAUGGUUUUGCCCAUUAGCUAACAAAUUUUGCUGCUGCAAUCAGAUCUGAAUUAGGCCCAUAGACAUCACCUACCACCUGCUUUUUGAAUCUCCCUGACUGUUUCAGUCCUCUAACCCAGUGGUUCCCAAACUUUUUAGAAUCACGGCACCCUAGAGCACCAGACUCUCUUUUUUUUUCACUGCACCCCUAGGACAAAAGUUUCUUAUUGAGAAAUUUAGACAUACAUAUUACAUUACGUAAAUUGUGUUUAUAUGUCAUCUUUAGGUUCAAUUGUGUGGUGAGGGACAAGAAUUUGUUUCUGUUUGUCCACAUGUUUUAUGAUCGACAGCCACCAGCACUGGUUUUGCCUUUUACAUUGACCAUAUUUCAUUUGAAUUGGUCCUGGACCACCAACCCAAGGCACCCCUGCAAGUGCCCUGAGGCACCCCAGGGAGCCACGGCACACAGUUUGAGAACCACUGCUCUGACCAUUGAAAUUUGACAUUUUUUGCACUUGACAUCCAGUAUGGAUAGACAGUGAUUCACCAUUUUACUGAUACGCAUGUUAUUGUCUUAUGGUAUUGUUGUGAAUUGUACAGGAUAGAUAAUGCACUGUUGGACAAGGCUACUGCAGUGCUAUUUUUAAAUGUGUAUUUAAUGCCAGUUAAUGUGUGAAUUUAUACAAAUUAUUGUAGAUUUGUAUUCAUUUUACAGCUAAUUGUAAUUUAUAUAUUUUGCUUAUAUUUGUAUAGGCCUUGCAGGUCUUCUUGUCAAUCUUUACUAACACAGCUAACACUAAUGUAUAAUUUGCUGCUCUAAUAACACAUUACAGCAACAAAUUUAUUGAGGUUGCAGUUUUACGUUAUGGAAGAAUAAUAAAAAUGUAUAAUAGCUGCCUUAAUUUAUAAUUGAAAUACUGAGGUCAUAACAUUUUAGAACCUCAGUUGUGACAUGGCUUUAACGGGUAUACAGGUUGAGUAUCCCUUAUCCAAAAUGCUUGGGACCAGAGGUAUUUUGGAUAUGGGAUUUUUCCGUAUUUUGGAAUAAUUGCAUACCAUAAUGAGAUAUCAUGGUGAUGGGACCUAAAUCUAAGCACAGAAUGCAUUUAUGUUUCAUAUACACCUUAUACACACAGCCAGAAGGUCAUUUUAGCCAAUAUUUUUUAAACCUUUGUACAUUAAACAAAGUGUGUGUACAUUCACACAAUUCAUUUAUUUUUCAUAUAUACCUUAUACACACAGCCUGAAGGUCAUUUAAUACAAUAUGUGUAAUAACUUUGUGUAUUAAACAAAGUUUGUGUACAUUGAGUCAUCAAAAAACAAAGGUUUCACUAUCUCACUCUCACUCAAAAAAGUCCGUAUUUCGGAAUAUUCCGUAUUUCGGAAUAUUUGGAUAUGGGAUACUCAACCUGUACUAAUUAAGGCUAUGUACACCCUUACAUUCAAAUUAUGUGUUUAAUUAAUUUUGCUUACACAAGCAUUGGACGUAUUUAACAUCAAAUUAUCAAAUGUCUCAAGUGUAUUUUCCCAAAAAGUGUCCGAACGUAACUCUUAGUUGCAAUGCUAUGCAGCAAAAACACUUCACAAGACGGCAUUGUUUCAUUUACUAUGCACAACUUGUACAUCUGUUUACCACGGAGUGUGAAUCCGUAUACAAAGUGCUACAGUUUCCAUUGUGCUCCGUAUACAGAUGCAGUGAAAGAUACAACUUCACACAAAAGACGCGUGGCACGGCUCACUUGUGCCGCAUGGAGUAUUGUGGCUAUUUGUAUGAGGACACAUCUGUAUAAUCUUGGUGUUCCCCAGGGACUUGUGAAUGACAUAUAAAGCACCAUAGGGGUAUACUGUCCCAUGUACUUAUCACAUGGUUGUAAAUAUGAGCUCUGUUGAAUAGAACAGAUCAUGUGAACUAUUGGUACUUAUUAUAUCCAUACAUUGUAGAAAUAAAAUAAUAGUGUCAAGCAGAAUCGUUCUGUAAGAUAACUUGUGAAGUGUUACUGAUACGAUAUACAUGGCAUGUACAGUACUAUGAGAAAGCAGUAAUCGGGUUUGCCUAAGAUGCCCCAUGUUAAGAGCUUAAGUAUGUGUUGGAGAAGACAUGAGCUCAUUUUAGACGCACAUUGUACAACUCGCUGGUAAUAUAUUGUUGUUUUCUGCACCUGAACACUGGAGAUGGUUUUACAUUACUGAAAAGAAAGCUGAGCAACAUAAAGGAAAGAUAUUAUGAGAUGCUCUGUCUUGAUAAAUAUUGCAAUAGAUCACACACUUGGAGGCUAUGGGGUAAAUUCAAUAAGGGGCGAGUAAAUAAAGCUAUAUGCAGCACUAAUGGUACCACCAAACUAGCUGAUUGUUGUUUGUAGCCCUAUAGCACGUUCAGUGCGAGCUCGGGUACCAAACUGAACCCACUAUGGCCUCCUGAGAUUACGGAUUUGUGAGAUUGAUAGAUUGUCCUCUCUUCAGAGAAGCAAUUUCAUGUCAGUAUCUGCUGCAGAAAAUUUGUUUUAUGAUAAAUGUUAAAAAGUUAAAAGCAUUUCUUACCCAUAGGUUAUGAUAGAUGUGCCUUAAAAAUGACAGAAAUUUUCCACAUUUUGGGGGUUGUUUAGCAUUGUAUUUUGUAUACGUAUGUUUCACAUUUUGUAUAAAUUGUAUUGUUCUUUAUUACUGUGCACCAGUGACCCCCAGUCAUCAUAUCACCUUAAUAACAUCACUCUGAAGUAGCUUUACUGUGUGUGUGUGUGUGUGUGUGUGUGUGUGUGUGUGUGUGUGUGUGUGUGUGUGUGUGUGAACUGUUAGUAUUGCUGUGUAUGGACACCAGUGCACACCUAUAAACGCCAAUAAGAGAACAAUGGGGUUGCAACCUUGCCGUUUUCUUACCUGACUGGUAAAAAAGCGACUCUAGACAACUCUUAUUAAUAGGAAAAAAAAGCCUAUUUGAGUAUAUUGUCUCAGCAGAAUAGGACCUUUCACCUUGGAGAACCUUGUGCCAUACGCCACAUUUAUGCGUGGUAUUACUGUAAUUUCAGCUUCUAUGUACCUGACUGAUAAGAUAGUACAGCAAUACAUGGAAUUCAGAAUAAUACUUGGACUCCCUAUUUGUCUGGGGUGGGAGCUUAUACGACGCUUCUGGAAAAAGUUACUCUAGAAAAUAUUUAAUUCAGAAAGAUCUAGGAAAGCAAUUGUUGAGCAGCUAAUAUUGAUGUCUGUUUGUAGUGUAUAUACAAUAUUUUACAGUUAAGUAUAUAUUCUAAGCUUAGAUCUACUGUAUGUCAUAUUAAACAAUGCUUUAAAGUA